UGACUAAUGCAACUGCAAAAGAAGUAGCCAAUUUUCUUUAUGAGGAAAUAAUAUGUCAACAUGGAGUUCCCUCCAGUAUAAUAUCCGAUCGUGAAAAGGCAUUCCUUGGGAGGGUGGUAGGAUUAUUAAAAGAAGAAGUUGGCUUCAAACAUAAACUCGCUGCAUCAUAUCAUCCACAAACAAAUGGCCUGAUUAAAAGAUUCAAUAAAACAUUAUGUCGUUCAUUUGGAAAAUGUUUUAGUCCCUUUUAUUUAUUGCAUGGGAAAGAAGCUCAAUUACCCUUGCACCUAGAAUUACCAAAAGAAGAAUUAGUAGAAGUUUCUUAUGAAGAAGUUUUAAAUAGACGCAUUGCCCAAAUAGUAGGAACAUUUACUGAUGCAUUAAUACUUGUCAAGGAUAAUAUUGGAACAGCUCAACAAGUACAAGAGGAACAUUCCAAAAGGAUUGAGAAAGUUUCCACCUUUAAGGAAGGAGAUUUAGUAAUAUUAUAUGAUGCUGCCAAACAAAAUGUCUAUGGUGAUAAGUUUACUCAACGAUGGACAGGACCCUAUUAUAUCCAUAGAAAAAUUAGUGACAAAACUGUAAUACUCAGAGAUAAAGCAGAUCCUGAUAAAUUAAGUUUACCAAUUAACACAUCUUUAAUUAAACACUACAAACAAAGAGAUUAA